AUGGCCCCUUCAGACAAGGAGAUCGAGGCGACGAUCCUCGCCAAAGUCCGCGAGGUCUUCAAGACGGAUAUCGAUAACCUCAACGUGAACUCCAUCCGAAGGCGCGUCGAAUCAGAUCUCAAGCUCGAAGAUGAAAUGCUCUCUUCAGGAAAAUGGAAGGAGAAGAGCAAAAAGCUCAUCAAGGAACUCGCUACCGACCUCGUGGAGGGCAACGCAGACCCCGAUGAAGAAGUCGAACCUAACGAAGAUGAAGAAGAUGCGAAGCCAAAGAAGUCUGGCAAGCGUCAAGCAGCCGAUGAAUCACCGCCUGCUAAGCGCAGAAAGCGCGCCUCUGCCAAAGUAGAAGAAUCCGAGGCGAGCGCCUCCGAGGAGGAGAAGCCAAAGGCGAAGCCGAAGAAGAAAGCAGCCCCGCGCAAGAAGAAGGAGGAAACUCCUGUGAUCGACUCUGAUUCUGACGAAGCGAGCCCUGCCAAGCCGAAGGCGUCUAAACCCACCAACGGACGUGCGGGCAAGGCUGAAGAGAGUGGUUCAGAUGCCUUGAGCUCCCCACCUGACAGCGAGGACGACAAGGUCGAGAACAAGGAGGAAAAGUCACAAGAGAAGAAGGUCGAGGCAAAAAAGGAUGAGGAGUCAAUCGAGAAGCACCCCGAAGCUUCAGACGAGAAGAAGGGCGAGGCGCCAGCAGACGACACGACCAGCGAGCUAUCGGACGUGAUAGACGAGCCACCCAAGCCGAAACGCAAGAAAAAGGAAGCUGGAGCGGGCCCCAAGACCAAGGCUAAGGCCACCAAGCAGAAGAAGGCACCGGCAGCCUCAGAGAACCCUGACGAUGCGGAAAUCAAAAAGCUACAAUCUCAUCUGGUCAAGUGUGGUAUUCGCAAAAUCUGGGGCUUCGAGUUGAAGCAAUACGGAGACGAUACCAAGGCCAAGAUUAGGCACCUCAGAGGCAUGCUCAAAGACAUUGGAAUGGAUGGUCGCUUUUCAGAAGCAAAGGCAAAAGAGAUCAAGGAGCGCAGAGAAUUGGAGGCGGACUUGGAAGCAGUUCAGGAGAUGAAUGCUAAUUGGGGCGCAGAAGGCAGAUCGUCUCGAAGCAAGGCGCGUGGCCAACCAACCCCCAAAAAGGCUGUGAAGGAUGAUGUUUCUGACGACGAGAACGUCAAAGACAAUGAAGAAGACGAAGAUGACGAGGACCAAGAGUCACACGUCCCGUCGCGUGCACGAGGCAAGGCGCGAGCGGACCUGGCGUUCCUCGGCGACGACGACGAAGAAUCGGAUUGA